AUGGUGCGACCACAUCAGGGGCGCUGUGAGCUUGUGCGAGGUCAGCCGGAAGAGGAGGCGCAGCAAGAGAUCCAAAGUCAGAGGUUCAAGCUGCGAGAGGCGCUCAAGCUGCUCUCGGUCGUGUCCUUGGUGGACAAUGAGACGUGGAGGAAACUACUGGUGCAGACAGGUGUGCUGGCUCGAGGAUUCGCCGUCUCAGAGGAGUUCGACGGAUCCCCCACCCGCUUUCUACUGGAGUUACCCUACGGGAGACGCCGUCCUACAGACGACGAUAGCAGCAGACUACUCGGUAUUGCCGUGCACAACUCGGGUCCCGAGCUCGCACUCAGUGGCGACUUGGUGUUUUUCUGCGGGGUCGAGCAACAUGGCCGACCCAGCAGGGGAUACGAGGCGGCGUUGAAGAAGAUCGUCGAAAUUUGGAGGAGGAAACGAGAGCUAGGAGCCGUUCCAGAUGAAAUUGAAGUUCCGAUCACAACCCAAGUGUGCUCGACCCAUUUGGACAGACCGGGAGGGGGCCUGGUCAAGUACGCGCAGAAUGUGCUGAGGGCGAUUCGCCACCUCCGAGACCAGACGUGGCCUCCGAGGAGAGGCAGGACCGGCCUCCCCAGGGUCACGUUUGUGCUGGAAUCACUUCGAGUGGACCUCGGAGCAGUGCUAAUUAAGUCGGACGUAACAGCGUUGGUGGAGGCUAUCGCUCAUGACGGUGUUUACUGCUCGGGACUGAGCUUUUGGUCCGAGGUUGAUGACACUUUAUAUACCCCCGCAAAACGAGGCCCGGCGCGGAAGACGGUGGGUAAAUUCGUUACGAGCUUGUUCAGUGGAUCCUUGGGAGAUGAUGGAAGACGAGUAAUGACUGGCCCACGCGCUAGUGCCUCGACAACUCCCCAUCCACGCAGCCUGGGCUCAGUCAACAUAUUAUGCCUCCCGUUUCGAGCAUGGUUAUUCGAGCGUGCGUGCUCUGGAGCAGUUGUGAACCAAACCACGAACCACGUAUCGCUUUCAAGCAGGAGAGAGGACAACGGGGAAGUCGCCACGUGGAGGUGGCGGUGGAUUCGCUACGGAUUCUUUUCUAAGCGAGCACAGCGCCUGUCAUGCCUCAAGACACUUACACUUCAAGAUGUGGCUCUUACUGGACAAGAUGUGGACGCGAUGCGAGAGGUUAUGGCGUCAAACUAUCCGGAAGAAGACCUGCUGGGUUUGCCACACCUGCAGCAGGCACGGAUUAGCUAUUCCAUCAAGCCAAAGACACGUAUUCGACUACAACCCAUGAGCACGAGUGAAAUCCUCGAGAAAAACGCGGCCUCCACAGUUGCCAGAGAGAUUCGUGGUGUCAAGCUCCUGGCGGAUAAAGCUGAGAAUGGUGCCAAACUCGCCGAUCUAAUCUCGUUCAAGAGGAGAAUCUACCUGAUGGAUGGCACACUUGCUACCGGCAUUUCGACGCUGAUGCUUGUGUUCAAGACCGAUCCGAAUGACGACGUUUUGUGCCGAUUUCUGGAAAUGAUUGGAUCCUCGCUGGCGUAUUUAUCCAUCCAAGCGUCGAACUUUCGCACAUCCAUGCUGGAGAGAAUUGCUGCCAACUGCCCGCAGUUGAGAGAAAUUGCCAUCUCGACGCCUGCUUCCAAGAUUCGAUUUGAAGUUCGUGGCAGCAGAUUACGGAACCAGAUAACGUUGCACCCACAGGCGCCAGCCUCUUUGGGAGACACUAGCGAUCUCGUCAUGUUAUUCUGUGCGCCUCCGUCCUCAUUAGCUAGUUCGGUGAGGCGUGUGCGCGUUCAUAUCGGAACUGACGGUAAUGGUACCGGCGCACUGUCAUUCCAGGAGUUUUGUGUAGCACUGCUACACAUGCUUGAACGAAACCGCACGGUGGAGUACCUUGAUGUCGUGGUGUCGGACUUCGAGCUCACCCAGUAUCAAGCAGCAUUAGCAUUGCUGUUCAAGAAGUUCCAUCUUCAGAAGCUGCCGGUUAUCCGAGAAGCGUUGCCUUUGAAAGCGACGCUCGGCUUUAUCAGCGUGAUGACACCUCCAAGCCGCCAAGACCGAAGUACCAGCAUAUCCAAGCGUACUCGGGAGCUCGCGUUGUUUCUACGAGCUGGCUAG